CAGCGGAAGCGGAAGUGCCGGCGGCGCGCGAGUAGGAAGUAGUAAGCCUUGGCCUAGAGAUGGCUGCGCUGGCCCCGCUGCCCCCGCUGCCCCCGCAGUUUAAGAGCAUACAGCAUCACCUGAGGACGGCGCAGGAGCAUGACAAGCGGGACCCCGUGGUGGCCUAUUACUGCCGUUUAUAUGCAAUGCAAACUGGAAUGAAGAUUGAUAGUAAAACUCCUGAAUGUCGUAAAUUUUUAUCAAAGCUAAUGGAUCAGUUAGAAACUCUUAAGAAACAGUUGGGUGAUAAUGAAGCUGUUACUCAAGAAAUAGUUGGUUGUGCCCAUUUGGAGAAUUAUGCUUUGAAAAUGUUUUUGUAUGCAGAUAAUGAAGAUCGGGCUGCACGAUUUCACAAAAACAUGAUCAAGUCCUUCUAUACGGCAAGUCUUUUAAUAGAUGUCAUAACUGUGUUUGGAGAACUUACUGAUGAAGUCAUUACUCAUGGUUACACAAAACUAAAUAAAAAUGUGAAACACAGAAAAUAUGCAAGGUGGAAGGCAACAUAUAUCCAUAAUUGUUUAAAGAAUGGAGAGACUCCUCAAGCAGGGCCUGUUGGAAUUGAAGAUGAUAAUGAUGUUGAAGAAAAUGAAGAUGUUGGAGCCACCUCUCUGCCCACUCAGCCACCUCAGCCAUCACCUUCACCUUAUGACCCCAGCAACAUGCCUUCCAGCAACUAUACUGGAAUACAGAUUCCUCCCGGUGCACACGCCCCAGCGAAUACACCAGCAGAAGUGCCUCACAGCACAGGUGUAACAAGUAAUACUCUUCAGCCUACUCCACAAACUAUUCCAGCCAUUGAUCCUGCACUUUUCAAUACAGGUUCCCAGGGGGAUAUCUGUCUAACGCCCGAGGACUUUGCUAGAGCUCAGAAAUACUGCAAAUAUGCUGGCAGUGCUUUACAAUAUGAAGAUGUCAGCACUGCUGUGCAGAAUCUGCAGAAGGCCCUCAAGUUACUGACUACCGGCAGAGAAUAAAGCCUUUGUACAGCAGAUCCAUGCAUUUUGGCUUACAGAACUAACAGUCCAUUAGUCUCCAUCUUCUGCCUAUCAGGAGCACAGUUUUAAGGAAGACUUCAGUUCCAUUGACUAUAACAAUGAAAUCUGUGUCUAUGUAUCCGAUUCCUGUUGAAGCAUUCAUCAGAGGCCUCAACCAGUUUUUAUUGCCACUUAGUGGAUCCAGUAAUCUCUGGGUGUAUCAUAAUCUCUGGGUGUAUCGGGCUGAUGUUAAAAAUGCCCAUCGAACUCUACCAAAAAAUGAAAAUACAGUUCUAAAAAAUUUAUUUGUAUCUUAAUUUACAUGAUUUAAGGAAUAUUUUAAUUUAUAAUUUGAACAAACAGAGCAUAGUACUUUGCUAUAAAAUUUUAAUUUUAAUAAAGAUGGCCAGAACAUUCCAGAUUAGAAAUCAUCCUUUUUGUUUUCCUCAAAACUUAAAAAACAGGUAUGAACAUCCUAAAUUGUUAGAUAAAUCUGAAAGAGAUUGUGUUCAAAAUUCCAUUUAUAUUCAUGUUAUAACUACAUUAAAAGUUUAAAUUUUCUUGGGAAAGAAGAUAAGGAGGUAGAAUCACUUUUAGACAUAAGAAAGAUGUUGGUUUCCCAACUGCUUUUCCUUAUUCUUUGAAGCUUAAGGUGAAUUGGUAUUUGUUUCAUAGGCAGCUUGACUGCAUGUAUUAGAGAAUGAAAAAUGUUUUAGUAAUGCCUGGAAACCUGGUGCUUUAAGUUAGGAUUCUCCUCUGCUGCUAUGGAAUGGUUCUCUAGAGUGUUUAGCUAUGAAUGAUGCAGAAGUUUAUAAGAAAUUAGAUUCUCAGUUAUGUUUAUAAGUUUUAUGGGGAAUUUUGGACUUAAUGUGUCACCUGCAUUUGUGCUGUAUAAAAAAUAAAUGCAAGGAUUCUUUUCACUACUUCAAUUUACUACAGAGCCAAAUGUCUGUUUUAAUUUGCAUGCUAGAAUUGUCAUUUUUAAGUCAUUAUUUUUAGUUACAGGGAAUAUGAUAUUUCUGUGGUAAGACACAAUUUUCUUUAAAAGAGAGAGAUAAAUUUGCUUAAUUUAUUUGUAAUGCAUCUGGUCCAUUUAUUCCACUAAGAUUGAAAUACUUUAACAUAUGGGUCAGCAAACUAUGGUUCGUGGCUUGGCCACCUGUUGUUCAAAUAAAGUUUUAUUGAAUCAAAA